CUUGACAUCUUUACAGUGCUCCUUCUUCUGAAGAAAUUGUGAAGUGGAAGGUGAACAUGCUCAACUAUAUUUUAUCCAAGUGUUUCCAGUCCUCACCCCAUCCCUGUGGAAAGCAUUCUGUCUGUGACCUCUUUGAUUUAUAGUCAGAGAAUUCCCACAGAAGCACCCCUAGAAAUCUCAGCCAGGACAGUUUCAAAGGAAUCAAAAGGCAGUCCCUCUGAGUUGCCAUGUUUCAUGCUGGAGCUAUCUUUCCUUCCUGAUGAGGGAUGUAAUCCUCCUGCAUCCCAACUGGACUGUGAGGAUUAAUUAAAGUUUGCACUGCACUGUCUAUGUUGGUGAACUUCCUCAAGAUUUUCUUCGCAUUACCCCAACGCAGCAGCAACAGCAGAUCCAGCUGGAUGCCCAGGCGGCUCAGCAGCUACAGUAUGGAGGACCAAUGGGUACAGUGGGCAGACUCAGCAUCACUGUAGUACAGGCAAAAUUGGCAAAGAACUAUGGAAUGACCCGCAUGGAUCCAUACUGUCGAAUACGGCUGGGGUAUGCUGUGUAUGAAACUCCAACAGCACAUAACGGAGCCAAGAACCCCCGCUGGAACAAAGUGAUUCAGUGCACUGUUCCCCCGGGUGUGGACUCUUUUUAUCUAGAGAUAUUUGAUGAGCGGGCAUUUUCAAUGGAUGACCGUAUCGCUUGGACACACAUUACAAUACCUGAGUCUCUGAAACAAGGAAAUGUGGAGGAUGAAUGGUAUAGCCUGAGUGGAAGGCAGGGUGAUGACAAGGAAGGAAUGAUUAAUCUGGUUAUGUCGUAUACGUCUUUGCCAGCUGCCAUGAUGAUGCAGCCGCAGCCAGUGGUCCUGAUGCCCACUGUGUAUCAACAAGGAGUUGGAUAUGUGCCUAUAGCAGGGCUUGAGUACUUUGCUCUGGGGAUGCCUGCAGUCUGUAAUCCAGGCAUGGUGCCAGUGGCAAUACCACCUCCUGCGGUCAACCCUCAGCACCUGUGUAAUGAAGAGGACCUGAAGUCUAUCCAGGACAUGUUUCCCAACAUGGACAGGGAAGUAAUCCGCUCAGUGCUUGAAGCUCAGAGGGGGAACAAGGAUGCAGCUAUCAACUCCUUGCUUCAGAUAGCUGAAGAAUCAUAGAUUCGCACUUCCUGCAUAGUCCUUGUCCUCGAUGCCACUUAUUUUUACUUGCCAAGCCAGGGAUUUAGCUAGAGGAAGAAUGUCCCAGCAGCUUUCUGUUAGCGAGCGCAUCCUGUGUGAAAGAUUGUACCCCUUUUCUCCUUGGACAUUUGGAUCUUUUUCACUUUCUUUCUCAAUCUGUACAUACUCAGUUUAGCUUGUGUCCUACAAUGCAGCAUUGAAGCAUCUUUACUAUCAGCUAUGCCCUGUGUAGUUAUGUUCUGAUGGGGUGGGGAGUAAUGCUGCUGCUUUUUUUUUUUCUUUCUCUCCCCCUUUUCAUACUUGUUCUUACAAAGUAACUCUAUGCAGUACAGGAUUUACUACUGUUUGUUAGGUUGGAAAAAACCCCGCCCCCGCCGCCCCCCCCUCCCCCCCGGAAGGCUUGCUCUUUAAACAUAGUUGAUCUGUUAAAGUAUUUAGGUUUCAUCAAGCAGCCUGUGUCUGCCGGAAAUUAAAAGAAAGACCCUUACCUUGUCCUGUGGUGUUUAGUUAUUGCUGUGAUAUAUUCAGUUGUUUCUGAUUGAAGAUUUUUUGUUUAAUAAGCAAAUUUCUUAAAUUGCGCUGUUGGUGUUUGUAAUGAGCAUCUUCUAUUCAGUUACUCAUCAUACACCAAAGCAAUAUAUUACCUGGUGUGCAUUUGGGGCUUUAUCCUCCCAUACGGUGUUGUUACGUAUCUGUAAAAUCCUAACAAGUAACUUCUAACUCGUACAGUAUGUAUUGCUGUGGCAGAGAGCGGGACUGAGCCUUAAUGUACUCCCACAGUUAAUUGCACUCUACCUACUUCUGCAUUCCCAUGGCUGUUUCAAAGGAUAAGUGCAGAAGGCGAGAUUUUUAUUUUCUUUCUACCUGGAAAGUUACUGAAGCCGUAAACAAUUAUUUAAGGUGUUGUCUUACAUUAAAAAAGCAGAAAUCUA